UCCCACCUCCUCUACCCACCAUGAUUCCCAUCUCCUUCCUUCUCCUCCUCCUCCUCCUCCUCCUCCCCCUCCCGAUAUGUGCCUUCCUUGCCACUCCCACCUCCCAAGCCCAGGAAUACCUCAAGCUCCGCCUACUCCGUAAGACCCCCCUCCCCUCCGCCCGCCAAGCUCUCGCCCUCGACUCCCUCCGCCUCUCCUCCUCCUCCUCCACCACCACCUCCUCCUCCGUCCCUGUCGUCUCCGGCGCCUCCUCCGGCGCCGGCCAGUACUUCGUCGACUUCCGCAUCGGCACUCCUCCCCAGCGCAUCCGCCUCGUCGCCGACACCGGCAGCGACCUCGUCUGGGCCCGCUGCUCCCCCUGCCGCGGCCCCUCCUGCUCCUCCCGCCACCCACCCGGCUCCGCCUUCCUCCCCCGCCUCUCCUCUUCCUUCGCCCCCUUCCACUGCUACGACCCCUCCUGCCGCCUCGUCCCCCACCCUCGCCAUUCCCCCCGCUGCCCCCGCUCCCGCAUCCACUCCCCCUGCCGCUUCCGCUACUCCUACUCCGACCGCUCCUCCGCCACCGGAUUCUUCUCCCGCGAGACCGCCACCCUCAACGCCAGCUCCGGCCGCCCAGCCCGCCUCCCCGCCCUCCCCUUGGGCUGCGCCUUCAACGUCUCCACCGGCCCCAGCUUCGGCGCCGCCCGCGGUGUCCUCGGCCUCGGCCGCGGCCCCAUCUCCUUCCCCUCCCACGCCGCUCCCCGCUUCGGCGCCGCCUUCUCCUACUGCCUUCCGGACUACACCCUCUCCCCUCCCCCCACCAGCUACCUUCUCGUCGGCGCCGCCCCUCGCCACCGCCACCAAAACCUCUCCUUCACCCCUCUCCUCUCCAACCCACUUUCCCCUACCUUCUAUUACAUCCGCAUCCUCUCCGCCUCCGUCGACGCCACUCUGCUUCCGAUCGACCCUUCCGUUUGGGCUCUCGACCCCACCUCCGGCGCCGGCGGCACCGUCAUCGACUCCGGCACCACCCUCUCAUUCCUCCCCGCCCCCGCUUACGUCCAGAUCCUCCGCGCAAUGACCAGCCGCCUCCCACGCGCCGCCAUCGCCGGCGGCCCGCCGGGUUUCGACCUCUGCGUCAACGCCUCCGGCGGGGGGGUCCGCCUACCGAGGCUGGGCUUCCGCCUUCUCGGCGGGGCGGAGCUGGCCCCGCCGCCGGAAAACUACUUCAUCGACACGGCCGAGGGGGUUCGCUGCCUCGGGCUCCAGCCGGUGAGUCGGACCGGCCCAGGGUUCGGCGUCAUCGGCAACCUCAUGCAGCAAGGCUUCCUCUUCGUCUUCGACCUCGACCGCGCCACCUCCCGCCUCGGUUUCUCCCGGACCGGUUGCAUUGACUGAACCCGGCCCAACCCCAACCCGACCCCGGCCCGACCAAUCUCUUGAUCAUUUUAAAUUAUUCUUCAAUUUAUAUAUAUAUAUAUAAAUGGUCGAUGCCGUAGGGCUUCCCAAGAAGUGAUCUUGGGAGGGAUGGGUGCGUGUCAGGGGGAUUGGAGCUGGCCACCUUUUGGGGUUCUUUUUAUUUAACUUUGUUGCCAUUGGAUUCCUCUUCUUGGAGAGACAAAGAAAGGAUUAAAAAAAAAAAAGGGAAAGGAAAGGAGAAGGGAGAAAGGAGGGCAAGUAAGCUUGUUGUGUACUGGAGUGAGAGGAGUCACGAGAUGGGGAACUUGGAGCAGACAGGGACAGCGAGGGCUUAUUGUUUGUUUUUAUUAUUUCUAGUUUCUUCCUUUUUAUCUCCCUUUUAACUUCUUGCAGGAAUUGGGAACAUUCUUGCAUGGUGUCAUCCAAUGGGCUUUGAUGAGAGUGUGUGGGAAAGAUAGGUGGGUCUUUGGUGUGUGUCUGUCUGCGUUCCUGUUCAUUGAUUCUUUACUUCUUUUGUGUGCUUGUGGAAUGGAGGUGAGCUUGUGACCAAAAGGACAGGAAAGAUGAUGACACCUAUCCUUGAUUCCCUGUAGAUGUGGAAUGGUAAUUAAUGGCUGCAUCUGUACCCUUUUCUUGGC